AUGAGGACCUUCAUCAUUGCCGCCCUUGUGGCCGUGGCCGCUGCUGGUCGUCCUGCAGCCGUUCACGGCGGAUACGGCGGCGGCUACGGCCGCGCUGACUACUACGAGCCCAGGCCCUACCACUUCCAGUACGCCGUGGACGACCCCCACUACGGUCCCAUGAUGGCGCAGAGCGAGCAGUCCAACGGUGACGGCGCGCACGUCAAGUACUACGCCGACCACUACGCCGGCUACAACGCUGAGGUCUCCUACGACGGGUACGCCAACCACCCGGAGCGUCGGGCUAAGGUCGUAGGAUACGCCGGAGCUGGUCGUCACUAA